UUGAUCAGAGACGGUUAAAAAUUUAAAUUGUCUUGUUUGUUGUUUAAAAAUUAAAAACAAUUUUAAUUAAAAUAGUGUAGUUUGGUGUUAAAUCUUUCGAAUAAAAGAAUAAAUAAUCGAGUAAUAUGGAAUACUGUACUCCUAAAAAACCCGACCUUAGUCUUUUAAGGAAGAUUCAAAUACCUCCAUCGCCUUGCAUGAAAAAGAUUGGGUUUGGAACAGGAAUCGCUGUUUAUGAAUUAGAACGUUCCCCGGCGUUCAACAAGUUCAGAUCGCCGUGGGCAAUCAAAAAACUCAUAAGACGUAACAAAAACAACAACGCCAUUCAAGAGAGGCUCAGAAAUGAAGCUGAUAUAUUAAGAAAACUCGUACAUCCAAACGUAGUCGGUUUCAGAGCCUUUCUCGAGAACAAAGACGGUAAUAACAUCUUGGCUAUGGAGGAAUGUAGCAGUUCUUUAGGUGACAUGAUUGAAACAAGAAGCGAUGACGAAGGUGGACCUUUUUCUCCAGAACUCAUAACAAAAGUUGCUCAAGACGUAGCACAGGCUCUCAAUUAUCUCCAUAACACUGCCCUAAUCAUGCAUUGUGAUGUAAAGUCUUACAAUGUGUUAAUCAAAGGGGAUUUCGUAAUUUGUAAGCUAUGCGAUUUUGGAACAUGUUUACCACUGACAAAAAACGGUAAUAUUAACAAUGAAAAAGCCCCAGGGGGUGAAUACAUUGGUACUCAAGCUUGGUCUGCACCUGAGGUACUUAGUUACCCUCAAAUAAUAACUAGCAAAGCGGAUAUAUAUUCAUUUGGACUUGUUAUUUGGGAAAUGAUAGCCUUGUGUCCUCCAGUAACAGAAGAUGUAGCAGACAGCUUAGAAAAUUGCACCAACAUGGACGUUGAAGAAUUUGAUAAGCUCUUAGAAAAAAUGUCUGCAAGAAGUAGACCACCACUACCAACUGAUGUUGAACUAGGUAACAAAUAUGACAAAAUAUUAGAAAUCUACUAUUGCUGUACUGACGAGAAGAUGGAACGUAGACCACCUUCAGAAGAUUUAGUUUUCACUCGGCGUCUAGUCACGUGCAAAUCUCCCGAAAUCCAAAACCAUCCACAGUUUAAAAUGGCAGAUGAAUACUUUUUCGCACUUACAUUAAAAGGAAAGAACUCCACGGAGGUUUGGGACCCCGAAGCGAAAGGCGCCGCAGCGGAUGACUACCAAGGGGGCCACAAACUUAUCAUAAAACAUGCUCUAUUAGGACCAGAAGCCGCAGACGGCGAGGAUAAUGUAGUACAAGUGGAGGCAAUGACAUGGAAGGAUUCAGUAAAAAUUCCAAUUGCUGUCUUAAAGGCUGGCGCAAACAGACAAGUAUUACUAGACCUCUCGUUCCCAGACCCCCCAGUAACGUUUACGCUAAUCCAAGGUAAUGGACCUGUUCAUAUUAGCGGGCAUCAUUUGAUCGGGGGUCCCAUAGAAGAAUACGAAGAUAUGGAUGAGAUGGAGGAAGAAAUGAUAGAAGAUGAUGAAGGAGAGGAGGGAGCUUUUCUAGGAAACUCCCUACGAAAUAAACUCGGCAAGAAGUUGGGGAAUUUCAUAGCAAGCAAGCUGGAGGAAGAGGAAGACGAAGAGCCCAAAUCGAAGAAGGCGAAAACGUCCAACAACACAAAGGGCAAGUCGCCUGUGAAAAAUAACAAGGCAAAAAAGUAAAGAAAGCGCUCUUGCAAAGGGAAUUUUUUACUUUUAAUUUUAUCCAUGUAACUUAGGUUAGGUUUUACUUUCAUGUUUCGCUCGCAACUUUUGUUUUCCUCAUCAUUUUUUGGUCUCUCGUUUCAGUUAAUUUUCUUAUCGUUAAGGACGAAUCACUUAUACACAUAUUUAUGUAGUAUUCGCGGUAAUUCUUUAAACAUUUGUGAUUGUCGACAGUAUACAUGUGAAUUGUGAAAUUAAUGGCGUAUUCGAAAGGGACAUAAUCUUGUGAGUUUGAAGAAAUUCUAAAAUUAUUACUUUCGAAUAAGACUAAAAUGCCCAAAUAGGUAUUUAUUAUUAUUAUAACAAGCAGGAUCAAUAAUUGUAAAUAUACAAUCUCAUUAAAAUAGUUUUUUUUCUA